UCUUGAGAAUAAAUGUCUGUAGAAAGACAUGGUAAAUAAUUCAAACGGAUUACUCAAAGCACCAAAAGUUUUGGAUCAUAUAUACCAUGAAUAGUCACGAAAGCCUGAACAUCUCAUCCUACAAAAUUGUUUGGAGUGAUCACGAAUAUUCUCUUAUCGAUUUUGUUCAUCAAUUUUAUCCGCUUCCUCAAAUGGUUCAGAUUAAGCGCGGUUUUUGUGGGAGCUGCAAAGAAACGUCGUUAUCCAAAGGAGAUGUUCUCCAAAUGCAUGUUCUUAAAGAAACUCAAUGUUUUUUGGCGCAAACAGAAGAUGGAAAAGAUGUUCAAAUUCCAUUAAACCUCUCGGAACAAGUUAUCGAGUGUCAAAAACAAAGAAGUAUUUUGAAAUAUGAAAAAUUUUUAGAUGACGCGACAUUACCACAGGUCUUAAAAAAUAUGUUCCCUGACAAAUAUGACAAAGUUUACGUUCAAUCCAACCUUAAAAACUGUCUGAACAACAACGAAAUUUAUCGCGCCGGAGAUAGUUUAGACGUUGUUGAAUUUGAUAUUUCAAGAAAGCAUUUGGUUUGUUUGAACAAGGAAAAAUAUUAUGUGAGGUUUGAUAUGCAUCAACUGAUCCAUUUAAAAGUAGCAGAUGUCACCAUGGAUUUAAUGUUUCUUGCUGAAGUACAGGAAAGAUUCAAGUUACCUGUUUUGGUUCGCUUUGAGCCACAGACCAAAUUUAAAAGUUUCGUUACACUAAAGAAGGUCGUCACAUUGCAAACUGUUAUAGCCUCCAGGUGGCAGGAAGAUAGCAGAAUAAUUUUGACUUUUCCUGCUAACCUCGACAUUUCCUUGGUCCCACCCUCCGAGACCACAAUAAAUGAUCCAACGUACCUUCAGUUCUUGGAUGGAGUCCAUGGACGCUUGAAUGUUGAUAAAAUUAAAGGAAUAAUUGGACCUUGCGAGAUAUUUGAUGCUGGCAAAACGUGUGCUGUUAGAGCAAUACCUGUCGGAGAGUUUCUCCUGAAGAGGUCGAAAAAGAACAAAAAUGGAAGCGAUGAUGUUGGAGAAUCCUUGGAAGAUGUUUGAAAUUCAGUGGCGUAGCCAGCCCGCAAAUUUGUCGUGCUAUGUUAAUUUUUCUAUGUUCACUCACUGUAAAAACAAAAGAUUUCUAAAGAAAUGAAUAAUGAUAAUGAUCUAAAAUUUACAUAGUAGGACCAAAACUUGAGAGCUGGUUUCCCCACUGUUGAAAUUUUCUAUGUAUAUUUCCAACGAUGUCAUUUUUUAAAGAUUUUAUUAUAAUGUCUCUUUCAUUAUUGUCAUAAAUGACAAAUUGACAAAGCUCCAUGGUGGCCAGCUUGGUGUAUACAGAGCGCAAAUCUCGGUUUUGGCUCAUUUUAUAUUAGUUUGGCAACAAAAAAUCUUGUUUGCAACCUUUCUAUUUUUGGGUCAUUUUUGCUUCUAUUUGAGUGAAACACAUAAAUUGAUGACAAAAUAAAUUCACAGACAAAA